CGGAAGCACCUCUCCUCGGCGGAAGCCGGGCCUGGCAGGCGGUCUAGGCCCUCCUCCCGACCUGCCCCGGGCUCAUGCCCCGCCGCCCCGAAAGUGGGUGAAAGGUCGGCGGCGCCGGCGCCGCGGCUGGGGCAGUGGAGCGGGGCCGCCGGGAACCGACAGAAACGGUGACUGACGGACGGACCAUGGCAGACCAGGCGAAGCCCAUUAGCCCGCUCAAGAACCUGCUGGCCGGCGGCUUUGGAGGCAUGUGCCUGGUGUUCGUGGGGCACCCGCUGGACACGGUCAAGGUCCGACUGCAGACGCAGCCCCCAAGUUUGCCUGGACAGCCUCCCAUGUAUUCUGGGACCUUUGACUGUUUCCGGAAGACUCUUAUGAGAGAGGGCAUCACGGGUCUAUAUCGGGGCAUGGCCGCCCCCAUCCUUGGGGUCACCCCCAUGUUUGCCGUGUGCUUCUUUGGGUUUGGUUUGGGGAAGAAACUGCAACAAAAACACCCAGAGGAUGUGCUCAGCUACCCCCAACUAUUUGCAGCUGGGAUGUUAUCUGGUGUAUUCACCACGGGAAUUAUGACCCCUGGAGAACGGAUCAAGUGCUUGUUACAGAUUCAAGCUUCUUCAGGGGAGACCAAAUACACUGGUGCCUUGGACUGUGCAAAGAAGCUAUACAAGGAAGCUGGGAUCCGAGGCAUCUACAAGGGGACUGUGCUCACCCUCAUGCGAGAUGUUCCAGCCAGUGGGAUGUAUUUCAUGACAUAUGAAUGGCUGAAAAAUAUCUUCACUCCAGAGGAAAAGAGUGUCAAUGAGCUCAGCGUGCCUCGGAUCCUGGUGGCUGGGGGCAUCGCAGGGAUCUUCAACUGGGCUGUGGCAAUCCCUCCAGACGUGCUCAAGUCCCGCUUCCAGACUGCGCCUCCUGGGAAAUAUCCUAAUGGCUUCAGAGAUGUGCUGAGGGAGCUGAUCCGGAAUGAAGGAAUCACAUCCUUGUAUAAGGGGUUCAAUGCAGUGAUGAUCCGAGCCUUCCCAGCCAACGCAGCCUGUUUCCUUGGCUUUGAAGUUGCCAUGAAGUUCCUUAAUUGGGCCAUGCCCAACUUGUGAGGCUGAAGGCUGUUCAAGGCUUCAGGAUGCUGGAAGCUGUCAUCGAGGAGGAACAGUGGGCAGGACUAGGCUGUCCUGAAGUGUGAGGCGGGGGGCAUGGUGGGAUGAGAGCUCUGUGCAUGGACUGUUGAGACCAUUGUCUUAAUGACAUCCUCUUCCUGGUAUAAUUUGCCAUUUUGCAACUUGAAUCCACUCUUGUCAAUUUAAGGGAUCUCAUGAGGAUUUGGAGAUGGAGUAAGUAGCUUCUAGACCAGAUACUACCUGUGGCCAGAGUGCUAUCUAUUAGUUGACCACUGGCCCUACUACACCCAAAAUACUCCUUGAGAAAGAGGGAAUCUCAGCCUCUCACUGGAGACACUAUGCAUGUUUUCAGCCAUCUGACCAGAAACUGGGGCCUUCUUUGAUCCCUAGCCAGGAACACUCACCAGAUUUCCAGGGUAUCAUCUAAUCCUGGCCUGCACAUGGGAAUGUGGACUUGAGGCCCACAUCUGUCUGUCCAAGUGGACUGAGCAAAUGUGCCUAGGGGCAGAUAGCCUGUUAACAGUCAGGUUUGUUUUUUUUUUUAAUGCAUGCAAGUAAUCAAAAUUAAAACUAGAGUAGCCUAAUUUCCAGGAGUAGGUGGAGAGCUUUCCCUCCUACACAGUGAGGAGGAGAAUUUUGAACCGACAGUCCCAGCUUGCUAGGAUAAGUGAGAAAGCCCAGGGUGUAGGAAGGCUCUUUUUGCACACUCUUGUCUCAUGAGAGCGCCCUAUUUUAACAGGAAAUAAUAAAUAUUGUUUCUAAUA